GCACGUGACCGCACAGUAGAGUUCGGACGGUCCGGCCGUGAAUCGUAGACGGUCUGGAGACGCAACAUGUCAAGUCCGCUGCACUACGAUACCCUGCCCCACUAAUGAACUCGUGUCGCACCUGUCACGUGUCUCCCUUCUCGCACCUCAUUGGUGGAGCUCUCCGCCAAUCAGAUCACGCGGUUUUGGUAACAUCUCAUCCCCGCGAGUAUACAACUCACGGGGCCUACUGAGAAACUUAUUUCUGACUUGAGCAUUUGCCAUUCGUUUGAUUGAAACCUCGACAAACUCUACUUCAAUAUUUCAAUAUGGUCAUGGGCGGAUUCUCCAUUGAUGAAAUUCUGAAAGCUCCUCACAAGAAGAAAGAGAAAGACCAGAGAUCGAACUACCAAAGGAAUUUGUAUUCUCACGCCACUCACGCUCCGUAUAGCGCUUUUGACUUGUCUUUCUCUUCGGACUCCUACAAGAAUGGCUAUAAGAAGAAUGUUGGAAUCACGAUGCCUGUGCCAAAUCAUGGGCUUAUUAACCAAUCGAAGAUGUACAACAAGUACAACGACAAGCCAACCAUGAUGCAUUCCAGCCAAAAAUCUGAGGGAUUCCGACCACCAAGCAACAAUGGUCUGUCAAGAAGUGUGGGAGGGUGGCCCAACUCCAGAGAGCUACAAAAUAUGAGCUCGAAUAUCCCCCAACACAAGAAGGGGCAAGUGGAAGCGACCAGAAAACCCAAGCCCAGGAAGACCCAAACAGUUUUCUCCACAACCCAGCUCGCUACCCUGGACACGUGUUACAGAAGGAAUAACUACAUCACCACAGAGGAGAGAAACGUGCUGGCUGAGACUCUACACAUGUCUGUUCCUCAGGUAAAGAACUGGUUCCAGAAUAAACGAAACAAGGAAAAGAAGCUAGGAAACCAUCCAAACAGGAACAACAUGCACCUCCAAACAGCUCCUUACCACAGCAUGGGUUCCACUAUGGGUGGGUACCACAGUCACCACGACAUCGGCUUCGGGUCUGGCAACAACAAGCAGAUAACAUUCCGCAACACUCAUAGAUACUAAACUCUUCUUGAUCACAUUUAAGCUGCUUCAGUGCUGUUAUGUUGAACUCUGCUUUCGAUAUUGAGAUGGUAUUUUGAUGACAACCGAGCUUGGUUAUGCACGUGCAAUUGUGUGGCCAUGCUCGUGUGAGUUUAGCUAUAUUGUUGCUAUAGUGUUGCUAUAGUGUUGUUAUAGUGUGGCUAUAGCGUUGCUAUAGUGUUGCUAUAGUGUUGCUAUAGCAAGUGUUGUUAAAUAACCAACACUGGUAACUCACCACGACCUGAUCGUGACGUAGGGGAGUACGUUUGCACUCGGGCAGUUUUAAACGAUCUUUCUGCUUUAGCCUUACAACUGUACCUCAUAAACACUGCGACUUUGCUACCUUGUCUCAAAACUGAUGAACAAUCCAGACAUUUUUAUUUGAUUGCAUGCUAAUAAUAAUGAAGUUUGAUUUUACUUAGAGAUGUUUAUAUUAGUAGCAUGUUUCAACCUACGACAGUUACUGACCUCAGAGUUUAAUUUUUACUUUUUUACUUGCCAUGUUGGUGAUUUUGAUUAAACUUUAUGUCGAUCUGCCGGUGAUGUAUCUUGAUUUAGAUAACUUACUAUCUGUUCUUUUAAUUUUAUACUUUAGACAUAGGAUUUUAGUGAUAAGUUAAUUAUUUUAUACCUUGAAAAAUUAAAUUGCAGUAAUUUACCUAGAUUUAGAGGCCUCUUUAUUUCGCAACAUAUUAAGGACAAAAUUCUGAACUGCGAUUUAAUUUUAGACGCGUGAGUAUUCGUCGUAAGCGGAAUUCUCGGGCAAACGUUAAGUGUUCGAUGAUGUUCAACUUAAUCAUUACUUAGCAGUGAACCAAAAAUAUGAUUUAUAAAGAUAUUUUUCCGAUGUCCGAUCAAUAAUGAACGACAUAUUCUGUUCUAAACAGAGCUCGAUUUUGCCCGACUUUUAUGGCUAUUAAAAACAUCUUAAAUCUCGCUUAAAUUAUCUAUGCUUGCACGAGAUUAAAAAAGAAGAUUUUCGAUUAAGGCAAUAUAUACAAGGUGGUUUUGAAUUGACGACAUGUUGAUUAUGGAGCACGGCAAAGAAGUAGAUAAAAAAUGACUGGAUCGUAGAACCGUACUCUUAAAUCGACAUGCGUUAAUUCUCAACUGCUUUAAAGUUUAAAUAAAUCUUGUUGGUAUGAUGUGUUAUCUGUCUCUAAUUUUAAUUUUCUGUUUAAUAAUACAUUUUCAUCCUCUACACUCUACUCCAUAUUAGUGAACAACAACAGUUUGACUAAAGCAACUUUUGUAAACUUGGUACAAAUUUUAAAAAACCUUUUAUUUUCAUUCGUAAAA